GGUUCUGGUUCAUAAAGUAAAGAGUUUAUGUUUUUGGUCUUUGAGUAGUCAAAAUUGGCAGGCCUGCAUAUCGGGUGACAAAGCAAUUCGAUCCAGAGACAAAGCAGAGGUCUCUUCUCUUCCAGAUUGAAUAUCCUGAGAUAGAGGAAAAUACAAAGCCAAGACAUCGAUUUAUGUCAUCUUAUGAACAGAGAAUCGAGGCCAAUGAUAAGAGGUUUCAGUAUCUUUUAUUUUCAGCAGAACCUUACGAGAUAAUCGCUUUCAAUGUUCCUAGCACAGAAAUUGACAAAUCUACUCCGAAGUUCUCACAUUGGGAUCCAGACUCCAAGAUGUUCACGUUGCAGCUAUAUUUUAAAUUGAAGCCACCAGAGGCGAACAAACCUCAAUCUGUUGCUGCAGCUGACAGCACAGUGCCUUCCCAAUCACCACCGCCCCUGCCACUGCAAGGACCUCCAGCAGGAUCUAGACCCCCUCCACCGGCGAUGCCUGCAUCAUUAGCCCCUCCUCCACCUCCUGCCAUGGCUAAUGGCCCUAGGCCUAUGCCUCCAGGUGGAGCUCCACCUGCCCCACUUCCACCUCCUGGUGGCAGUGGUGCGAUGGUGAAUUUCACACCUGGCACUCAGGCGGGCAGGCCCUCAUCAAUGAUGCCUCCCCAAGGUUUUCUUGGGCAACAGAUGCAGGGCCAGACAAUACGUCCUCCUCUGCUAACUCCCAACAUGGGACAGUAGGUUCUCUAGCUUUAUGUUUUCGUUAGCACAUUUAUGUAGUCAAACAAUCCUUGUACUCAGUUGAUGGAUGCUUGUUUGAAGAUCUGAAUGUAUUAUGUAAUUCAUGGCCUCAAAGCUCAGCAAGAAUGUGUUUAUUGUGUGAACGGGGCAAAUCUAAGAAAGACUAAAGCUAGACAAUUUUAUAUUAUUAAUCAUGGGAUAAACAUUCGUAG